GCAACAAACGGCGACCCCUCACGGCAACUGGGUCCAGUGGAUCUUCACCGUUCAUUGUUUUAGCGGAAUCACGUGCUCGGGGAUUUAAAAUGGUGGAAGGCGACGACGAGAUUUUGGGGGCUCGAGUUGUUGAUUUCUCCAUAGAUCUUCGAUCCAUCGAGGAAGAUUUCGCCAUGGAUUUGAGUUUAUUUUCGUGGAUUUGGGGGCGGAAACAGCGCGAAGUCCCCAAACUGAACCCAGGGAACUCUUCAUCUUCCUCCUCCGCCGCUGCCGCCGCCGCCGCCGCCGUCGACGCUAGUGGAAAGCGUCUCGACACCUCGCGGUCCCCGUCCGGCGAAACUUGGAGGGCACGGCGGCGGAGGCGGACGGAUCCGAGGGUCGACAAGGAGCACGACGCGGUCAUCGUGCCCCCCGACGGAGGAUGCGUCUCCUGCUCCGACUCCGAUGAGGAGGACUGGGCGGUGGGAUGGCUGGAGCCCCACGGGCCGGACUUCCGCUCGUCGGAAGACAGCUUCGCCGUGCUGGUGCCGUGCUACGACCGUGCUCCCGGCAAUGACGAUCGCCUCCCUGUUUCAGGUGGAUUCUUCUGUUAAAAAUUGUGCAUACAAGAAUAAUUGAUGCGGUGAUGAUGAGAGGUCUCAUCCCGUGAUCAUGGUGAAGGUCAAAAUCAAGACGAUCAAUGCGCAGAUAGCAUCAGCUGGUUGGGCGAAGUAUGCCCCGAUCAGAAGAGAAGGCCCCGAUCCGCCACCGCCUUCGACACGGAGAGGAGUCAAAUGACUGACCCUCAAAGGAUUAUGGGACGCUGAACGGAGGAGGAGACGAGGUGCAGAAGCCAGGCUGAGCGGCUACCCCGUUCGGCCAAACAGCAGAGCUUGAUAUGGCAUUGUCCAACUUCGACCGAGCGGCUACCUCGCUCGGCCUGGUAGCAGGUCUCGGCAGUGGUAGUGGCAAUGGCAAAGGGGAACUUCGGUCAAGCAAACACGCACAGGAGUAGUGAAGUUUUGGCCGACUGGACUGGGCACUAGAGCGGCAAGAUCCUGGCCGAGCGGCCAACCUGCUCAGCCUAGCAGUACACUCCCUCUGAUAUCCAGUGGCAUCCUUUUGGGAGUUGGUGUCGCCGACAUCAGGCAUGGACAGCCUGAAGAUUAUACGGUGGAAGCUUCCUCUGUCACUUCAAAGAUAUGCUCGGCCCGUUAAGGUAAUGUGUCAGAGACACUUUACUGACAAGUCUUUCAGAGAAAACUUUGAGAAGUAUGUACACGCAUUACUAGAGCUCCAUAUAAAAGGGGAUCCAAGCAUCGGU